UUCAACCUGAAAUCAAGCCAGUGAAUCACUAGUUUGUGUCCACAGUGAUAUGAACACCUGAGGACUACAAAUUGAAUCUAUUUAUCAUUCUAUUACUGGUGAAGCACCUUGGUUACUUUAUCCUGUGGGGAGCAGCCCUGGUUGGAUGUAAGCAAAAAUAAAACAAAUUUAAUAGUUCCAUGGAUCAUCCAAAGUCCCCGCACGCUUGUAUCUCUUUUAUCAGAUUCCUUUAUUUACAAAUGCAUGAUGUCUUUUCCAUUUCUCUUUUUUGUCUUUUCCCAUAUCUUCUCCUGCUAUCCUUUACCAAUAUCUUCAAUCACGUGCUCCUGUUACAUGAACACACACACAAACACAACAGUCAGGAUCAGGACACUCAGAAGCAGACUGCAGUGGUUCUAUUGAAUUCUAAUGGUAAAACCUGUCAAGGUUCAGGAGGUUUUUCAGUGGCCACCCUCUGCGCAGACGCCCUGCCGGCCUCCAAACAUGGCAAACAGCGAGACUGGCUCUCUCUGCUCCGCCCGUCCUCCGUCAACAUCCGACCCCAUGGCUCGCUGAGGUUCUCUGUGUCUCUGAACGACGUGGGCCAACGUGUGGACAGUCUUUGCCGCGGUCUACACUUCAUAGAUCGAACAUGCUCCGAGGGAGAGCUGGAGCUGAAGCCGGAGCCUGCUCAGCUUCCCGACUCGGAUCGAAGGGCACACACACUCAACGGCAAACUGCCCGCAGCCCAAACACAGCAGAGCCCGAAUCCGGCCUUCUCCACACGAACCCACCCCCACCUCGUCCCCUCCUUCACCAGCAACCACAAAUACAUGUUGGGCAUCCCUCCCGCCAAUUGUUCCCCGUCCGAUCUAGCCGUCGGCACCCCUCCUCUCUCUGUCACUCACCUCCACCCUCAUCCCUCCCCGAGCUCCAACUUCCUUCGUCUCCUCCUUCCCUUCUCUCAAUCCUCCACGUCGGCCAGCAUGCAAUUCUCUGAGCUGGGCAGCUACCCCUCUCACCUCCACAUCACCAAGUCCUCUAGCGCCCUGCUGGAAGGCAGCGAGUCAGGUUUCCCCCCCGAGGAUCUGCUGGGAGACGACGACGUGUUUGAGGAGGACCAGUCCAGUCGGGCACCAAAGAGGACGGAGCAGCCGGCGACCCCAGAAACAGACACUGCGGCCAGGCUGGGUGCUCUGCUAGCCCCGCUGUGCUAUAUGGAUGAGGACAGCGACUUGGACCGCUGUCCAUCCCCUUUGUCAGAGAAAACCGGGCCGCUGUCACCCAAUUCACUAUCUGGGGACUGCUGCAGGUGGGUGACUGUCUGGAUGGUGUAAUCCACACCCGCCCUUCCUGUGACUUGGUAAAGCCCAGACCACCCUUGUGCAGUAACGUGGCAGUGAACCCCAGAGCUCUGUGGAGUAGUGGAGAGCUUCUCAUCCCGUAGUAUAAGUGCCCAGCAGAUAUCUUCUACCACAGCGGUGUUUGUCCUCUCAACCCCUGCUCAGAUUGAAGCUGUUAGUCACAAGAACCUAGACACAUAGCUGCUGUAAUCUGCACACAACACAACAACCGUACGCCCCCUCCUCCUCCUCCUCCUCCUCCUCCUCCUCAGUUGCCCCGAUUGCACCCCUUCUGUGUGUCUCGAGCGAAAAUGUGAUGUAUUGUAAUUUCAUACCACCUAAUUUCACUUCACUGUUAUCUCAGCGCUCUGCCAUGUUUUUCAUUGUGCUGUCAAGCUGUGUUUUUUAAAUAAUUUCUCAUUGUUACCAGAUCGAUGAGGCAGUAAAGUGUCUUAUAUAGGCUGCAAAAACUGUGAUUGAUUUUGCUCAUAAGCCCGAAGCUUUGCGCCGGGGAUAAGGGGGGGCAAUGGCGGUGUUACGGAAUAGAUAGAGGGGCAGAGGUUAGGGGAGAAAAUUUAAUAGCGCCGAGGAGUGGAGUGUGUGUCUGUCUGAGGAAUAGCAGAAUGGUGGCAGAAAGGGAACAAUAAAUUGUGCUGAAGCGGUUUCUGUUUGAUUGGGUCAACAGGGCCGUCAUCCGUCUCUGUCACAUGACAAGCUGUGUGCUGUCCCAUUGGCAGAGCCGGGGCCAAGUUAGACAGGACGGAUUAUGAGCAGUAUUUGAUUACGGACCAGGUCAUGGCUGCGUGGCCCCUACAGAUGAGGCCUGCUAGCAGUAGAUCUUGCCAGGUCAUCUCAAACAGGAGUUGUGAGCCUCACAUCGAGCCCUGCUGGGUUUCUGUAUCUGUCUGUCAUUGCUCCAUCUGAUUUCUCUGGACUGACGAGACUCAAGUCUUAAACACAGGAAUGCCACUUAUACAGGUCCAUUUUGGUUCCGCCUUCAGCUGCGAUCUGUGCUGCUAGUGCUUUUCAGAUUAUACGUUUUACACCUUGGCUGCAGCCUGAUGGAGAAACAUGAGCUUGGAAUUGGCAAGCCGAAGGCCAGAGAUCAGGAGGCAGAUUAUUGGCUUCAAAUAGCUGCAUAGUCGUGGAUUGUACACUCACACAUGCACACAAACACAUGGUGCCAGCUCCCUGUCAGGUGGCUGGAAGCGUGAGCUCAGAGCUGAGGCUCUCCUCACCUGCGGAAGUGUGUGGGUGGUUGUUUUUUCCCACAGAUGAAUAGUGUGUUAAUUAUUAGCCAGACUUUUUUAUUGACAACACUUCAGAAUAUAACAGUUGGAAGCCUGAUAAGAGGUGACUUGGCUUACUUCCUCAUUAGAAAUGGCGCCUUUUAGAGAAAACACAGUUUACAGUCAGUGAUUCUCAGCAAAACACUUUAACAAACUGACUGAAUUUCCUUCAUCUUCAAACACUUCCUGAUUUAGAAAAAACACUGCAUUAAUUACAUUUUGAGUUUAAAUUGGCUGGUAUUCAUCUUCUUACCUGCCUUUUUGGUGGAGUUUUGCUACAUCGCUUAAAACGUUACUGACACCAUCUGUCGAUCAUCAGAGAGCACGAAACCAGGUGUCUUUUAACCACGUUUUAACAAGCUCUGAAGUAAAUUGCUGUGAUUACAGUCAAGAUUGCAUUUCUUUGCAUGGAAUAGCUUUUCACCUUCUUCACAGUUCUUGCCUCUUCUCUUCUAAGUGAUUUAUAAUUUACAGACUUUAAACGUAUAGAUUACUGCUAUCUUCAUGCAUAUUUUAGCACAGCAAGAGAUACAAACAUAAACAUUGCUGAAUAGAGCCUCGAGUAUUCUACAAAAGACAUACUUCAGGCUGCCUUUUAAGCUUUUACACCCAACAUAUGAAACAAGUAUCGUCUGUUUAAUUUCUUAACCCUCCUUCAACCGAUUAGUGUCUUGUCAGAAAAUGUAAUAUUCUCUUUUAAGCCAAGCAUGGCCAUGUUUAGAGAGACAAUUAACCCCUUAAGAUGUGCAGAGAGGGGAAAGGAGUAAAAAGGGAGAUGGCUUACAGUGUUCCUGCCACUAAUUGACUUGUUUUUCACUGAUCAGUGUGUCCCUGGCAGUGUAGAGCUGCUCAGACUGGAAACAGGCUGAGAGCAAAAUGCCUCACAUGUCACACUCUGCCCCGUAUCAUCCACGUGAAAAUCUGUUUCGCAGCAAAAGAAAACAGAUUAGUGUUAAAACAUUCAUUUGAAAAUAAAUACAUAAACAUUUGAAGAUGAGAGCUGAACGAGGAAAGGCUGGAGGGAGGAGGAGGAUCUUAAAGAGACUGAGCGCAUAGCGCAAAGACUGGCUGAAUGCCACCGGAGAAAAAGUAUGAGGAAACGAAAAAAGAGAGAACAGGAAGAAAGUGAAUGCCUCGGCAGGGCUGCACCAUUGCCGAGCUUUUUUCCUUCUCAGCUUGUGGCGCUUGUGAUUUCCCGACCCUGUUUUGCUUCUCACAUUUUAAUGUUGUCAUACUUUGACGGCGCCUCUGCCAUCUUAAAAUUACUGUUAAACAGGGUGUGUUUUGGCUGCUCAAGUGAUGCAAAUUAAAUUUUAACUUCCCAUGCCCAACAGUGCUUGGAAUGAGCUACUGGUGACAUAAAUAGAGCUCACUUUUCUGUGAAUUUGUAAGAUGGUUUGGGAUGAUUAGUGUGUUCAUCUCUUCAAUGUAUCUUACAUUUAAUAAGGAAGCUGAAUGUUGUGUGCUUUAUUUGUGAGAUUUCUAUCUUUAAAGCAAUUUAAAUGCCAUUUGGUCUAAUUCUAGCAAGCAAAGCCUUCAAUAAAUUUAGCAAAAGCCCAAAUUUCUCUGCACCAAAUCUCUCCCAUCUUGUUGUUUACUGAUCAUUUUAUUUCCACCAUAGCUACAUGCGGAGGAGUAGGGAUUGUUCUGUGGUUAUCCCCUCCUACAUUAAAAUGAAAUCCACAUAAACAUUAGAAUAAUUUGUCAGAUCUGCUCAUUCAGCAGGCGGCAAUUCUUGAUAUAAAUACCAAUACGGUCCGGUCCCUCAGGCUGCAUUUUUUUAAUUGAAAUAGCAAUACAGUAUGCGUGGGAUGAGAAUCUGUAGUUCAUCAUCUUGUUAUCCAUGCAAACAAACACAAACAAAGCAACCUAUCCAUAACCAACAGAAAAAAAACCCUCCGCUGGAGAAGUUAAUUGUGCCUCCUCUCUCAUCUAAUCCCCCCCCUAGUCUUCCCUCCACUCCCUCCUCCUCCUGUACUGUGAAAAGAACCUGUGAAAGUGACCUAUUUUUAUCCUCCUUUGUUCACCUUGUCUUGUAAUCUUGUAACGCUUUGGCCAGAUCAUCCAGAGCUCAGGAAAUAGACAUCAUCUUCCACUUUCCAACAUGUGUGGGCGCACGUGGUUCUUCGUGUGGUUUUCUAUCCUCACCUGAACCGGGAUAAAGGCAAUCUCAUGUGAACACCUCGCUCCCCUUCUCCUUCUCUGCCUUUUUGUACAUGUUUUGCUUGCUUUGCUUUUUUUUUUUUCUUCCCCAGAGAAGUGCCACAGCUCCCUGCAACUCACUCAGGGGGAAAGCACAAUAGAAGGAGGUCCCGGUUUGUGCAUCCGCCUCCCUGUACAAAUCAGAGGAAAAAAUGGGUUUAGAGAGUAGAUCAAUAAUGCCUUCCCUUGUGUGUUUUGUAUCCAUUUAUAACUACCCCUCUGUGGAGACAUCAUGUGCACUUUAUUGUAGAGUUGCAGCAGCUUUGACUUCCCUUGCAAUCAGUCUUACCGGAGAUAUCAGUUUAACCUUUAAACACAGCUGUACUGUGGUGGAGCAAGCAGCAGCUGAAUUUGGAGUUUAUUGUUUAUUCACUAAGGGCUUGGCUCUGAGCAGCCACGGCAAGGUCAGCGUCCUGACAUUGAAUUCAGAGAUCAUAAUGACUUCCUACUUUCUCCAGUGGAGCAUUUGUGUAGUAAUGGUUUCACUUUGAGAUUAUGAGCUGCUCCCGUGACCUUUUCCAACCACCCACAUGGGCCCUUACCACUUAACUUCGCUGCACUGACAGACUCUGACUGACUUACAGGUGAAUGUGUGAGUUUUGCACCAUCGGUCUUGUCGGUUGCUCAGACAGACUCUCGCUCACACUGAACAGACUCAGACAGACAAAUGUGCUGCUUCUUAGUGUGGAUGACUAAUACCUCCAACCUCUGUCCUCUUACCUGUCAGACAGCGUCCAGUGCGAUCUGUUGGUUUGAUUUUUUUUUAAAAAGUGAUUUAGCACCGCAGCAAUUACCAGAUUUGUGAAGGUCUGAGCCUUUGAACCACAAGCAGUUUCUGGUAAUUUUUACUCACUGUGGCCUUUUCUCUGCAAUAAAAAGUAAGAUACAGAUCAUGGCUAGAAGCAGAGAGAACUCAAAACUAUUUAUAGCAGAGUUCAAAUACCAUCAAAGCAGAAUUUCUUUAUUUGUUUUACAAAAAGAAAAAGUAAAAAAGUUGAAUCUACACAUCAAAAAACUUGCCAGUCCCCACAGGUGUUACUAAUACUGGACCAAAAUGGUGACUCUGCUGUUGAUAUUUUAUUUCGUUCUAUUUUUUGUUUCCAUUCCUACCCCCUUUUUGUUCUCUGCACUUCAGGCCCACUUUAGCUGAAAAUUUCCUGAAUUUCUGUCACAUGGCUGCUGGUCACAGCUGAGCAAAUAAUGGCGUCUUAGUUGCGCUAAGGAGCACAGAAUUUAUUUGUUUUAGCGGAAUCUGGUUACAGUACACACUUUGUUUUUGGUGAAUAUUUGAAUGAGACAUCUAGAAUAAAGGGAUUUUGAUUAAAAUUUAGUUUUAGCCUAGAUUUGGCUGAGUUUCCUGACACAAUGUAUGCGUCACAAGAUUGAAAACUGUUCUCUCUGGUGUAAUUCUGCCAUUUUUUCCCAACACAAAAUGCAUUUCAAAUCCACCACAGGAAUUUGGGAUUCGAAGGGUUAAACAUCCAGUAGGUUGUUUCUUAGAGUGGUGUAUUUCUAUAGUACACAACCAAGGGUGUUUGCACAAGGACAGUUUGUAAAAUAGCUAAACAAGACUCAUUAGAGCUGAUUUAAGAUGAAUGGUAAGGUAUGAAUUUAAAAAAAAAAAAGCUUGCUAAAAGUAGAGGAUAAAUAGCUGAAACAGUUUACCUUCAAGAAAAGUAAUGAAUAAAUGGUGAAAAUACCUUAACAGUAAGGAACAGUUGAAGUGUUUUUAUCCAAAGCAACCAAACAUGUGCAAUCGAAUUACAUGAAAAAAAAUUAAAGCUGUCAAUAUCCAUAUAUCAUCCAGUUUACAUUUUAUCAUAACAAUUGAAAAUGCAUCUGAACCAAAAGAUUGGGAACCCCUGACAGAUCAGAUACCUCUUGUUGCUAUUGAUUGUGUUGUCUGCACUCAUUGUGUGUCACCUCAACAUAAUUAUCGUCGCAAAACAACGUGUAUUAGGUCUUGCAACACUGAAACUAGGAAGGCGAUACAACUACAGGGUAUCUGAGAUUAGAUUAGCGCUGUUCGACUUUGUGCUGCGACGCUGCAGGAAUGCAUUAUUAUUAUUUCCUGAAAAUGCCGUUUGGAUUUGCAAAUGAAGUGCUUUGAAUCAAAUUAGUCUGUUUUGAUUGAGUUUAUUCAUGUGGGACGUGUAUUGUCUUCUGCGGCCAUGGUGUUAAUAUGCUUUCAUAUUUGUGAACUCAUAUUCCCCACCUGCCAUGCUUUGCUAAAGCUGUGGUAAAAUUAGCAUUUUCUGAGCACAUUCCCUUAUUAUAAACGCUACUGGAAGAUACUACAUGUGUGCUGACAUAUAGUAGAUCUUCUGGAACUUGAGUUUUCUCAGAUUUUGGGAAAUAUCCGCCAGCUAUGCCUGCCAACUUUUCUCUUUUUGAUCUCUCCCCUCUCCUGUCUUCGUCCUGUUUGAGCUGUCUUGCCUCCAGCUCGGUGUUGACUGUAUUCUCUGCCUC